GGGCCGCUCAUUCUCCGUCCGAGAGAGCGUUGGUGCUGCCGUGGUCAGAGCGUUCGCUGCAGCCAUGCCCGAGCCGGCCAAGUCCGCCCCCGCGCCCAAGAAGGGCUCCAAGAAAGCCGUCACCAAGACGCAGAAAAAAGGUGACAAGAAACGGCGCAAGAGCCGCAAGGAGAGCUACUCGAUCUACGUGUACAAGGUGUUGAAGCAGGUGCACCCCGACACGGGCAUCUCGUCCAAGGCCAUGGGCAUCAUGAACUCCUUCGUCAACGACAUCUUCGAGCGCAUCGCGGGCGAGGCGUCGCGCCUGGCGCACUACAACAAGCGCUCCACCAUCACGUCGCGGGAGAUCCAGACGGCCGUGCGCCUGCUGCUGCCCGGCGAGCUGGCCAAGCACGCCGUGUCCGAGGGCACCAAGGCGGUCACCAAGUACACCAGCUCCAAGUAGACGGUUUCUGUCCCAUCUUUUCAACCCAAAGGCUCUUUUAAGAGCCACCCA